AUGAGUCAAAUCAUUUUAUUUUCCCUACUUCUGUUGAAGACUUCGUUGGGACUUGAAAACAAGCCGAUCACUUUGUACGCUUCGUUGUUCAUUGAGAACAUUCACUCGUUCGAUUGGAGCAAUGGGGAUUUUGAAAGUACAGUCGAGCUUUUGUUGACAUCAGAAUCGUCGGAAACGAGUCAAACAUUCGAAUUGAGUACAAUCGAUGCACAAACCGAGCCACAUCCCUUCUCCGAUGUGGCUUUUGAUUCACACAAAAUACAGGUCCUUGGUGAGAUGCGAUGGGUUGUUCGAGCUGGGGGCGAUGUUGUCACGUCAAAGCAACGGUCUGUUUUUAAAGUAACGAUCAACGAUCAACGAGUUCGUCUCACAUCAAAUUGUCGCUUCUCAACGUGGAGAUAUCCAUUUGAGAAGCACACUUGCUCGAUCAGAGUCGUCUCUCCUCGUCACACAGCAGCUCAGCUCACUCUUCAAUGGUCGAAAACAAGUUCCCCAAUUCGAAUCGUUUCCAAUCGACUUCUCACUCCAUCUGGAGCUGAAAUUCAAGAUUUGACUCCCGUCUCUUGCUCAUAUGAUUCGGUCUACUCGAUUACAAGUGGAGGCUCUAAAACUGCUCGUCAUUCCUGUCUCGAGGCUCGUUUCAUCGCUCGUCGUCCGAUGCGUCAAUUCAUCGUCCGUUUUGUCAUCCCAUCUCUCCUCAUUCCAUUUCUCCUCUGGAUCUCAUUCUUCGUGAUCCGAUCAAAUCCCACUCUCCGUUUCUUCAUCAUCUCUUCAGCCGCAUUCUUAGUCUCAAUCUUGUUUGCGGUGAUGAUUUUUCUUCAAAAUUCUCACAACAAGUAUCUAGAGUUGGCAAGGAAAAGUGAUUGGACUCGGGAAGAAAGUCGCAGACGUUACGAGAGACGAGCUGGCACUAAAGUGGCUCAAAUGAAACUCAUCGGAAAUGGGAAUGGGGAAAAGAAUGGAUCAGCGCAUGAGCAGGAGCCUCUGACCGCUUCCUACGAUCGAGUGAUAUUCAACGCGUUUCGCUCAAACGCUGACAAAUUCUCUCUAUAUUCGGCUAGAUGGGAUAUCCUCGGCCGAUCGCUUCUACUGCCCGCCUAUUUCCUAACGAUUUUUCUCUAUUUCCUUUGGAAUCUUAUUUUGUAUGAUGAAAAAACAUACAAAAAGCUGAAUAUCUUUAUUGAAAGGCUA